AUGUUGUCUGCGCAACUGAAUCACGUAUACGUCAUUGUACCCUCUUUACACAUAAUCAUCGUUAAUCCAUGGAAUGUUCUAGUGAACGGUGCUCUCGAGCUCACCGGUGAAGAGUCUUCAUUGUCUACAGGAGUGGAGAACCCCAAAUUUUUAGAACUUCUCUAUGGUCGAAACUUCCCUAUCCUCUCCCCAGAUACGCCUCCAGGUGACUCUGGAUCGGGGUUAGAUUCCUCCAACGAUGAUGGUGAUUCACAAAUGAGUGAUAUUGUCGUAUGCACCGCUUUUCUGGCUCACGCUAAACAUAAGAUUCAAUCAAUUAGAGGAUCUGAUGGCAAUGACCAACAUGAACGAUUAAUCUUAGGUGUCCCCUGA